UCGGGUCAGCCACUGAUCUCUUCCAUUCCAUUCAUUUUUUCCUGCACUUCUAUCUAGGGUUUUUUCCUGAUUUAUUUUUAAAUUUAUGGUAUUCUUGAAGAAAAGUUACAAAAUUUCAAACAAUAGCCUUGUUUGUUAUUUUUCUCUCUAAAAAAUACACCUGUAGAGAAAGUGAAAUCGGUAAUUUUGUCUGCAGUGGAGAUUCCUAUUGAAGCCAUUGCUACCAACAACAAAAUCUCGUUGCGUUGGUGAGAGGCAGGUCUUCUUCUUGUGCUGAGAGGGACAUAAAAGACCAAGAUUUCACGUAAUCUAAGACCAACAUGCAAGCAGCUUCUCAUUGCUAUCCUCUUGUUCACUUUUCUGGAAGAGGCAGGUAUAGUAAGGUGAGUAAUCACUCAAGUGUAAAAAUUUUGAGGAGCUUGAAUUGGCUUCCCCAGAAAUUUGACUUUAAUCAAGGAGCUCAGAUCCAGAAGAUUUUAAAAUCUUCCAAACCGAAAAGGUUCUGUGUGAUUCCCAACUCUAAUGAUAGUUAUCCAAGUCUCUCUGUUUCUGAAGAGGACACAACUGCAUCUAAAAAAGACACAUCUACAAUGGAAGAAUGGGAAUAUGGAGGAGAAGCGUUCUUGAGUAAGUGGUCGCCUCCCAGGUACUUAUGGAGGGGAUUAUCAGUUCUUAUCUUGGCAGGACAGGUUAUUAUUAGGAUUAUGAAGGGUAAAAUCCACUGGAAGAAUACUCUUCAACAGUUGGAAAGAGUUGGACCUAAGUCAGUUGGUGUCUGUUUGUUAACUGCAGCUUUUGUUGGCAUGGCCUUCACUAUCCAAUUUGUUAGAGAAUUCACUAGAUUAGGGUUAAAUAGAUCUGUUGGUGGGGUGUUGGCCCUUGCCUUUUCAAGAGAGUUAAGUCCAGUUGUCACAUCAAUUGUAGUUGCCGGGCGUAUCGGUAGUGCAUUUGCUGCGGAACUGGGCACCAUGCAGGUAUCUGAGCAGACAGACACGUUGAGAGUUCUCGGUGCAAAUCCUGUUGAUUAUUUGGUGACACCAAGAGUGAUUGCUUCCUGCAUUGCCUUACCAUUUUUGACCCUAAUGUGCUUUACAGUUGGAAUGGCAUCCAGCGCCCUUUUAGCUGACGGUGUUUAUGGAAUUAGCAUAAACAUAAUCUUGGAUUCUGCUCAGAGAGCUCUCAAGUCAUGGGACCUUAUCAGUGCGAUGAUUAAGUCACAGGUUUUUGGUGCUAUUAUAUCCAUCAUAAGCUGUGCUUGGGGAGUCACCACACUGGGAGGUGCUAAAGGGGUUGGAGAGUCUACUACUUCAGCGGUAGUUUUAUCUCUUGUUGGCAUAUUCGUAGCGGACUUUGCUCUCUCAUGUUGUUUCUUCCAGGGUGCUGGUGAUUCCCUGAAGAACUGUAUGUGACAUUUCUUAUGUUUUCCAUUUUUUAAAGUUCCACAAUAUGUUAAAAGUAGUAGCCAUGUAAUUUUAUUGUUUCGAAAAUCUUUUUUUCUACCAAAAUGAAAUAUGUUAAGGAGUAUAUACCUUUGGCAAUAUACUCUUAACAAGGAGACUUUCAUUUUAUUAGGAUUUAAACCAAUAGUGCUAAUUCUAAAUCAAUUAGAAUUUGGUA